AUGCGGACGCCCACCGGGCACAACCACCUGUCCAUUAACCAGGUUGUUAAUCCCGCUCAGCUGGAGUGCUGCAUCGACGCGAUUGACAACUGCUACCGUCAACCCCAGAUGCUAGUGCCUCGCCUAACAGUAACAGCUGAAGAACCAAAAGCGACGGAUUUAAGUAUUGACAAGAGGAUCGAACUGGUAAUCCUCCACAUGCAAUGUGGCAGGAAAACUUAUUUGCUGGCCUUUGGGAGGUUAAUCUGUUUUCAUCUCCGUAUUCUAGGAGACUGCUACUCUCAGGCCAGGCAACCCAGUUGAGUGCACAGGUCCGACAGCUGAAACUGAGGCCUUAAUGAUUUACGUCGUCACAGUGCGGUACUUCGACGCCUGCACAACCGUCUACAUGUGUGGGUGUUGCGUGCAUUUAGAUCAUGGGUGUGGUACUCGUGGGAGAUACAGCAUGCAGGAGAAAUGUCCACGCCACAACACGCAGCAUUGGCUUUUCCCUCAAAGUUAGCAUUCUAUGUUCAACCUUCAAAACUAUGGUCAACAAACGACUUCCAGAUGGCGGCAGACGUUCUGGUCGGCGUGAAAUUGUGUCGAAAGUAAACGGUCCCCCUCACCAUGGGUGGGAGCGACGGGGACUCGAUAGUCGGCCCAGGUCAAUUCUGGUCAGGUGACCCACAGUGAAACUCGGUGGCCGCCUGGCCUGACUCAGCAGCCCUAUUGGGUGGUGCACCAUGCCUCCGGACGCGGACACGCAUUCGGCACAAAUGUCUGUCCAUCAGCCAGGUUGUUAACCCCAGUCAGCGGGAGCGUCGUAACGUUGCAGCGCACAUGGGUAGGGAGGGGACAUUAAAAAAAAGAGUCCCGCCGUCAAAGUUUGAACUGGCACAGGAGCCAAAGGCGAUGAAAAUAACCGUUGGCGAGAGGAUCUAUUUGACAAUUCGGUAAGAUGCGGUUAUGUGGCCGCACCUGAUGGACAAAAUGCUGUUGACCUACUUACAGUACCUGUGCUAACUCAUGAAAUGCCGAGGUCAAAAUUAGAGUGGAAACUGUAGCGAAUUUUUGGUGUUGUUAUUUGUGUUUAUUUAGUUGAAAUAAGGACGAAAAGGCCGUUUGCUGAAGGAAAGUCCGAUACGGAUCUGUAUAUUAAAUAGAAAACGAGCCGAAUUUAGGCGAAAUCGGAGGAUUCCUGAUAUUCAAGCACUUUCCUACGCUAUUAAAGCUUUCGGAUCGAAAUUUUUUGUUUUACCUUAUUAAUCUGUUCAAGAAGAUUAAUAAAUGGAAGAAAUUUUUCAAUAAAUUUUCGUACAAGAAGAAAAAAUUAAAUUUCAAUAUCAUGAAAAUCAGGGAAAUGCAGAUAAAUUAUAUCUCAUUGUGUUCAGGAAAUAAGGUGCGAUUCUUCAUCUAAAAAUUCUAUUUUACAAAUCCGUAAAGUUUUAUGUUUCAAAAUACCGAAAUAAAAAAGUUUAUCAGUGUGAUUGUUUUACCAGACCGAAAAUACGUGUCGUAAACGAAUAGGCAUUGAGCAAUAAUUUACCGUACUAACAACACAGGUAUUAGCUAAAAGCCCAGACACGCGUGUUUCGCCGAUCUUGUGCCGCUGCCUGACGCAGCUGCGGACCGUGCCUGAAAAGGCCUGUUUCGAAAGAGUUACUCCAAGUUCGCGCAUUAAUUUCCUCGGAAAUUAAGCAAGGCGAAUAGGCAUUGAGUUCGCGCGACAUGCCGUCACCUUUCUCUGUCACGCAAAACGAUACCUAUGUCUAAACAAUACUUAUCCGAAGUUGACUUCCAGCGUAUUCGAAAAUUGGCGGCGGAGGGGAUCCCGCGUGAGUGCUUAGCUAGUAUUUUCAAUAUUAGUAAGGUCACUCUGUGGCGCAUUAUUAAUGAUAAAACUGUUCCUAGAAAUAAGAUAGGGGGACCAAAACGGUCCACAAGUAAGCAAGACGACGAUUUAAUUCGUCGUACAUUAAAAAAGUUUCAUUACAUGCCCAUUGAGACCAUUCAGUGGGAACAUCUCCCGAUGUGCUCUAUGAACAUCAUUAGGAAAAGGAUGAAGGAAUCUGAACUGCAGCGGCGGAAGGCCAUGAUUAAGCCAUUUUUAAGUAGAAAACUAAUUAGAGAACGGCUUUUAUUUGCUAAGAAUUAUAUUGAUUACAGGUCUUCAUUUUGGAAGGGCAUUUUCUUCUGCGAUGAGGUUUUAUUUUCAGACAAGCCUACGAAAUCUCUCCAAACCGUCAUAUGUGGAAAGAACUUCCCGAGAGAACGUACUACACCGACGGUAACAUUCAAGACCUGUCGGCGGAUGAUGGUUUGGAUGGCGAUUAAAUUCGGUGAGCGGCCUGUCUGGCGGUCAACAUCCGACACCAUCAACAGCAAGGUGUUUAUUGCAAUUGUCGAGGAUGCUUUCGGUUACAACGGCAUUAGUCGGCGCCGAAUGGAUACUGUAAUUUUGCACGACAAUGCACCUGUCCACCGCUCUAAAGAGGUACGAAUUUGAUGCCGCUUGCAAAUAUAAUCUAACAUUUUAGACAACAACCACCCUCUCCGCAAUCGGCCUCCAAUCCAUUGUCAUCCCGGCCAACAGUCCCGAUUUGAAUCCUAUCGAAAAUCUUUUUGGAAUAGUCAAAAGAAAUUGGCACAAAGCUAAGAAGACUCUUUCAAUGCAGGACAAAUUGGAUUUCAUACUCAAUAAUUACAUUUUACAAUCUACCAUAGACAACCUCGUCAUGACUUUCUGCCGUUAUUAAUUCAAAUGGACAGUCAACAAAGUACUGAUUUUUUGUAUCUGUUUCUGUCCUUAAUUAUUUUUGCUCUUUUAUGCGCCCUCCUCCUUUAUACGCCCUCAUACGUAGCCUUUAUUAACGUGGUUGUAAUAUAGGCGUUUCUCGAAAAUGUGACUUCUGUCGAAAAUUAUUUAUUUUUAUCUCAGUAAAUAAUAUUUUCUAAACCAAACUUUGCUUUAUUUCUUUGACACAUCUUUUAUUUUCCGCUAUCAGACUUUGGGAGCCGUAGUGUUUACCGAUUCUGCGUUAAAGUCGUUUACCUGUGUUAAUUCAUGACAUUUCAUGUUAGCACAGGUACUGUAAUUAUUUUGAUUUAGUGUGAUUACGUUGGCAUGGUGUUUCUGUGUGUUGCGGUGUGUGUUCUGUUGGCAGCCUUGUUUCUUUGUUGCCGUGUGUACCUUUUUCGGUCCAAUGCCGGUGGUCCUUCUUGACUUUCGGCCUGUCGUCUCUUUCUAACUUUCGCGUUGGAUGUUUCAGGGCUAGGGUUUAGGGUUGCGGUUAAGGGUUAGGGUUAGACUUAGGGGUUGGUUAGGGUUAGGGUUAAGACAACUAUUUCUCAAUCACUUAAAGUACAACUGUGCAUUCCCAAUAACUUUUAUUUCGCAUACAAAUAGAGUACGUGACCUAUCUCAUGAAAUCUGAUAACUGAAACUGAUAAGAGAAUUUCCGGACGCCUUUAACGUGGCGCAUCUCUUCGCCCACCCACAUCCUUCAAUGAAAUGUCUUUUCUUGUUCAGAAAUAGUGUUUAGGUAAUUAUAUCAAGAAAAAUAUCAGUAAAUUUUAACGAACAUGGACGUUGAAAUAUAUUUGUGCAAUUUUACUACAUGUCCUAGACUUUGGUUACGCAUCUGAGCGAUUUUUUCAUUGAAAGGAUAGUAAUUUACCCGCGAGAUUUAGCCGAACUUGAAAAUUUAUUUUAUGUCCGAUGUUAACCAUGAUGAUCAACCUGUUAACACAAAGGUUAUUUAAAGAAAAUCAGACAUUUUAUCAAUUCCCAAAUGUCAAAUUAGGAGAUAUGUGGGAUUUGGUGCCCAAAAGUGCAGUAAUAAUGCAGAUAGGGAUUCCUUCGUUUAAGUGGGCUGAAAGUUUUUUUGCCGUUUGGAAAAUUCUACCUGUUGUCACAUAAAUGACCACCACGGAAUGGUCAUUUCCAGCUUUACACAUAUGAAACACUACUUGUCGUGUAUUUUAGCUUCUGCGCAUUCUGUAUUCAGAAAUAGAAAGAGCAAAACAUUACUAGUUUCAUCAAAAUAACAAUAUUUAUAUGGGCGCUCUGCCGUGCAUUCACAAUCGAAGAACGGAGUCUAAAAGCUAGCAAAGGCAGUGGAAAUGGCCUCAAUGUAUAGACAAGGGCAUGUUCUUGCGUUUACGGUAGAAAAUAUUAGUAUUGCUUAGGAACGUGAAAGAAACGGCCAAAAGUGCCAAAUUUUUGCUUGGCCUUACCGUGCAAAACUGCAAAGUACACAGAGAUCCGUCAACGGAGUGCAGUAAUAAAGCACUUCUUAAAGAGGUAACUUAUUGAGCAAAGUUUUUUUUUAUUGAUCAAAGGCAUAUUCGUUGCUGACCGUCGUUGUGGACAGACAUUUUUCUCGAAAAUGAAAUUUGAUGUUUGAAGUAGUAUCCACUUGUGACCCAAACGACCAUCUUCGUGAAAAGGAGCGCCCGAACACUCAUUAAUUCGGUAAAUGCCUUUAAGAAUAAUCUUAUUUUAAAGUUCUUAACAGACAGGUAAUUCAGAAUCUGUCUUUAUGGACGAUCGGGUGAAAACACUGAAAAUCAUGAUGUAUUCAGCAACAUUUCGAGGCCGAUCUGAAACUCAACGUAAACCUAAACGGACGAGAAGUGUAAAUUAAUUUGACCGAAGAAAAAAAUCUCGCUAUAAACACCAAAUGGUAUGUUAACGAUCAUGCCAGUCAGUUCUAUUUAAAUUUAUUUGGCACCGACCGCCCUCAUGGCAUGUCACCUUAUGAAAACUUUUGUUCCUGAGACGCCCCCAUCAGUGAAAUCAAGCAUAAUCUAGCUUCUCUUGUUGAGCCCCAUCUCAUCUACUUCAAACAAAUUAAAAAACAGGAAUCACAGGAAUACUGUUUUGGAAUCUACACUCAGAAUGUAGGCAGUUGACAAUCCGUCAUAUAUGAAAUCACAGUACUUAUUAAACGAUAUUUAGAUGUAAACUUCGCUAAAACACUGUUAUUAGUCGUUAUUUUUUUUGUCUACUUUCCUAUUUACUACGUUUUUGGUAUGAAAAUACAUUCUAUACAUCCAAAAACGAACUUUACUUAAUUAGAGUCAUUUCUGACAUUUUCGGAAUAUUGCGCUUCUCAAAAUAAAUCGGCAUUUCUAAACAACGCAAUACUGCCUUUAAUAUUUCUUUUAUGUUUUUAAUUCUUUUAAACUCGUGCUUAAUUAACAUAGAAAUCGGACUCAUGAAAUGGUGUCGGUUUGUGAGUGAUUGGCAAUCAUUCGUAAAUUUCGACACAUUUCAUGAGCUAUGUCACUAACUGUACCUGAGCUCAUCGCCUGUGCGUUCUCCGCCCGUACAUGUAAAAACCCCUUUCAUUAUUACAGGCGGCUGGGGUUUGCUUACCUCAGGUUUGGCUACAUAACAACCGUUGACCGGUAACUCUUCAGAUGAUCAAUUUUCCCCGGACAUUGUAGUGCCAAUUUCGUAUGUCAUGGUUUAACUAGAUGCGUUUGAUGUUGAGUAGCAUUCUACCUGAAACUGCCUGAAAAUUUGUUGGCGACCGUGAUAAUGGGUGUGUGGGACACUGUCAGAAAGACUGGAAUCUCCUGCGUAUGAGAUGUGCUAACGUCUGAGAACCACCAGCGGGCUUGAGUUAUGCUUACGGUUGAGGUCGUCACUGCUACAUUAACUACCGAGCAUCAGGUCCUCGCAUGCAAAACUAGACUCACUGCCCGGCAGAGCAUGGGCACACUUUAACAGUAAUGCUGCCCUUCUUGAUUCCUUCGGAAAUGGAUGCGAGAACUUGGAGUGAAUCCCGCGGACUCAAAAGUUGGUACGAAUAUUUGGGCUGAAAUCCAUCAGUUACUGCGGAGUAGCAGCGUAGUAUUCACAAGCUGCCAAUAGGAAGUCAGUAGUAUACAAAUGCUGAAUGAUUUACCAUGCUCACAGCACAGGUACCAGCUAAAGGCCCGGACACGCGUGUUGAGCCGCAGGACGUAGCUGCGAGGGGUUCGGCCCAUCUGUGUAUCCCAUAUUGUUCCCCGUGUCCUUUCUGGGAUAUGGACUACGGCUUACAUGCUGCCCUUUUCAACCUCCUCGGAAGUUAUUUCCGGUCUUCAGUCUCCAGAACCAGCCUAAAAAGCUUUAUUUCGAAGGAUUUGCUUCUAGUUCGCGCAUUAAUUUCCAAAGAAACUAAAAAGGCCAGCAUGGAAACUGGAGUCAACAAGUGAGCUUUUCACCCGUUUGGAAUCAAGUUCAAGUGCGUACGUCGUUUCUAGUUCGCUGCAUUUCGGUCUUUUGUAGGCCACUGGUGUUUAGGUGGUGUUCGGUGGGGGGAAUACACUGGACAGGAGUGACAGGUCGUUUCAUGAGUCCGGUGCACUAGGUAGUUGCCCAGCACGUCUCUUAACUGGCACACAGUUCUCAUCUGUGGCUCGCCGCAGCCAUGCUCUGCUUAGCGGUCACACCAGUAACCGCUUUGACCAGGGGUAGAGUAGAAGAGGGUAUCGGGUGCUGUGUUUCUCCACACCCGGUAGUUUCCUCCCUGUUCCACACAGAGGAAGCAACGGCGGCUCCGUAGUCGGUACAGGCUAAUUCGGAUGGACUCCACAUUAAAAACCAAAAUCGUAACCUACAGUUGGUCUUUGCAGCAACUUGGAACGACAGGGCAACCCUGUUUCGGAGUGCAAAUACCUACCUCGUCCUGGGUGGACGUGGCUAGAAAGGGAGCCCUAACGGGUGCGGUAUAAUCACGUCGUCUGCAAGCUGGCUGUUGUUCGUGAACGCAAAAUGUGCGGUGUAAAGGACCUACGGUAGCACAUAGAAAUAGGAACCCCCCUUAGUACGGGCUGCCUUGCCUAAAUCCUAUUGAAAAUGGGCUUGAAAAGAAUAUUGGGGUUAGGGUUAAGGUUGGCGUUGCAGUCAAGGUUAGUGAUACGGUUAAGGUAGGAUUAAGGUUUGGGGCAAGGUUUGUGUUUAGACUGGUGCAUUGCGGGGGUGUGUCCCUAACGGACCACUGCUAGAUGCGCUGGACCAACACGGAGGCCAUGUCGGAUUCUGACGGGCAUUAUCGGAAUACGCAUCAUAGCAAAUGCCAACAUUUUGGGGGUGCAGUGACAGGCCCAGUUGCCGGGGUACAUCGCGCACAUUGGGACCCCUGCCGUUCCCCAUUAUUAUUAUUUGUCAAAAUCCCGGUCAUUUGUUGUGAGGACUAGGGUGUGCGGAGUAGAACACCAAGGUACGAGCUCGACCGCGCCAUCCAUCGGCGCCCUCCCCCACCUCCGGUCUUCUUGACUCUGUCUUGACACCGGGCCCAGGUGAGAGAGAGGUAGAGAAUGCGGUAGAUUCUGUGCAAGUCUACUAUCAUUAUAAACUAAUCAACGCCCAGUCACCGUUCCUGCUCCCACCUUGUUUUGGAGCACACUCUGGACAUCAUCGGCAACGAGUGUCGAACUGCCGUAUUGCGGGGGACGGGGGGGGGCAAGCGCCAUUUCCUGUCUUGCCGAAUGUACUAAUUAACUACCCAGAGCUCAAGUGCAGUGUAUGAGACUGCUAACUCUCACGGUGUUUCGUUGAAGCUAAAACCUCCAAGUUAUGAAAAAGAGUGUAAUACAGCGUCGUAGGGCCAGGGCAACAUCAUGGACACGCUGAAUCUCCGUAGGCCAGUUCUUUAAACUGCCUUAGCUGUUUCUCAAUGCUUUCUGUCUGACGUUUUGGGUCAGGAGAGUCUGUCCGAUUUUUAUGAACAAUCCUGGCUACCAGAUGGUCAGUUGCUGAUGCACCAUACCGACUGCUUGACAAUAUGAGUCUGCAGUGUUUUUCAUUCGACUGGAAAAUGGAGCCGUGUAGGAUGCUGCUUGUGGACCACUGUACAGUCAGUACAGUCUUUUAGUGCACGGACGGGGUUGGACCAAGUAAUAAGGAUCCCCGUACUACAGGUGGUCUUACGCUAAAUUCCAAAGCAUUGCCUAUCCCUCUGUCCUAACGCAAAUACCGAAGCCUAACACUAACGCCCAUAACUCCAACACGGUAAGAUGUGGUUAUGUAGUCCCACCUGAUGGACACAAUACUGUUGGGGUUGGGGUUUGGGUUAUGGUUAGGGGUUAGAGUUGGAGGUUAGGGUUAGAGGUUAGGGUUAGGGUUAGGAGUUAGGGCAACUAUUUCUCAACAAUUCAAAUUACAAUUGAAUAUUCAAUUGCUUUUACAAUUGGUAUUCAAGUCGAAAUUACGCAAACACCUUACACCGGAAAGUAUAAGGGCAAUUUUAACCGUCUCAUUCCCGAACACUCAGCUUCUUGACUUCGAGAAGAGUCCUGCUGGGAUUUAGUAAUAGAUCAAGUGGAAACCCUCACUUAUAUCUUUACAAACCCUGUUUCGAAUUGGUUUAUGAAUCCACGGCUAUCAGUCCUCCCCCAUAGCGACGAUUUUCGCGGUUCUUGAUGGCAUCUCCCUAAUUUCGACCUCAAGCUGUCCGUCGACGCUCACGGCGGAACCCUCAGUAUUCGCCGUCUACUAGUAUUUUGGUCGUACCUCCCUUCCCCACUCCUCGGCUGGGCUCGAAGCGUACCGUGGCCGAUCGCGUCUGGGUUCCUCUCGUCUGGCCUCUUUGACGCGAAUAGUCUCAUCCAGCAUAUUAAUUCUGCCCUGACGAUGUCCGCUCUGAAUCCCGCCGAUUGACUGCAGCCGGACGAAGUUCGGGCGAAUGCACUUCGGCUGACAUUUGCCUGAUGAGAACGCUAGCUGUAACCGCUUGCGGUGCUGUGUGUAGACUUUCGGCCUCAGUAAAAGGUUGUCAACCUAACUUACUUCUCUGCCUUAUGAUUUGGGAGCCUUUGAGUCGUCUACCAUCCUACCUCGAUAGACUUGUCCAUUUAAGCACUAGUGAUUCCAUGGACUCCAAGUCUGUAACUUGUCGUUUAGCAGCCGUGUGGACCUCAACAUGUACGGGGGGGAGGGGGGAGCAACCGCUGGCUCAGGCAGUUUCCGACAUUUAUUUUAUACACCUCAAGUCUCGGGAGUCCUCAGCGGCCUGGUUCGAUGCAAAAGUCGAUCGCCACGAGAUUAGUGUUUUCCUUGAAAGUGCGACGCUUGUACUCAAAAGUGCGGUAGCAAAAAGGAAGGGGUAAUAGUGCAUGGCUUGUACCAACUUCCUAUGCUGAUCUCUGGUUGGUCGUUACAUGGCAACGAGGGCGUGUCGGACAGUGCGGAUAAGUCGAUUUGGCGGUUGAUUGUACUGGCGCUCAGUUGUCGAGUCUCACUUUUUCGUCGUCCGAUUUUCGUCCGGCCUGUGCGCUGUCGAAAGAUGACAUGCGGGCGCAACUCCUUCCCGUUUCACUUUUACACACUAAUUUCCCUGUGGGAUGAAUUAUUGCGGUUGUUACAAUUAUAGCCGAUUGCUUAUUUGAGGUCUGGGCGACGGGCUACCGUUGGGCGCAUGAAUCGGUGGCGGCUAGCUGCCUUAUGACCAUAGCUUUCAUUCGGCGGUUUCAGUGUGUUUGGGAUUUGACACAAGCCAAUAAUUCUUCUGAAUUCCAACUCCGACUCCGCUUUACUGGCUCCCUGGCUUCACUGCCAGCGGUUGGUGGUAUCCGUUGUUGGGAGCAGGAGGUUAUUGGGGAAUGGGCUCAACUACCUUCUCAUUCGUCUGAGGAAAUAGUGCCAAGAGAUGACUGUUAUCAAUUGGAGGAAGGGGACUGCGUUUAGUAUCUUCGAUAGGAUUUUGAAUAAUAAAUAAAUACCUUGUUUUACGUAGCACCCACAGGGUAACUAUCAUGAUAAUUGAAAAAUACAUUUUGGAGGACAUUUCAGGAAGAGUAGGCAAGCAUUGUACAGUGUUCAGCUCGUACUUAUAAAAAAGGCAAGUUGCUGUGAAUAACGGAUAACAAACAGUGAAAAAGCUUUUCAAUUUUUUUGAGAAAAGGCGAAAUGAAUGUGGUUUGAUAAGUUUUUUAAAGGCCUUAUGAUUUGGGAGCCUUCGAGUCGCCUACCAUCCUACCUCGACAGACUUGUCCAUUUGAGCACUAGGGAUUCCACGGACUCCAAGUCUGGUACUCGUAGUUUUUGAAACAAACUGCCCUUCUACAUGUUGAUAGAACUACUUUACUACUGUGUAUGCGCCCUGGAGACGCCUGCAUAACUCCUUUCAAAAAGUUAUGGCAUCUGAAAUCUCAUAAAUAUCGAAAAAGUGUCCCGGACAGCUGGUGUUUUUUUCCAAUAAUGGCCGGCGACCUCCAUGUAUUUGAAGAGAGAUCAUGAAAAUUUCAAAGUAUGCCAGGUUUUCAAACCGAGCUAUUCCUUUUUUAGGCCUGUCCUUGCGAGAAUAUUUGCCGUGUAAAACGCUUGAUAAGGAAUUAACUGUCUUGUUAAUUAUUCCUCACUAACCCCUCUGACGUGAAAUAGUUAAAGAGAACUUCGUAACUAGCGAAUUCUGCCAAGUGGAAUUAUUUUGGGGGUCGGGGCCGUUCUCAGGCAAAAACUGGUUAAUCACUGUCUGUGAUUUCACUCGGUUUUAUACUCCGUAAUUAUCAAUUUUUCAACAUCCCUUAAGUACUUUUUCUUUUAAUUUGGCAGCGCGCUUUAGAAUUCAGCCUAUCACAUCUAGGACGUCAAGUAAAAAUAUCCCUGGGCUUAGGAAAUGAUAGUAACUAACGAGCAGCCUUCGGGGAAUGCCACCCUCAUAUGAGAGGUUAGCAUUUAAUACAACUGCGAAUGUUUUAAACCAAGGUCUUUCCUCUUUGCAGGUGUCGUGAAACCAUCCAAACGAACUCAACCGAAACGUAACUUAAAGUCCUGAAAGUCUUCAACAGCUCUGAACGACCCAUCCACGUCCUCGGAGGACGAGGGCUAUCCAUCACGUUCUCGUGAGCGCGAUCACAAGGCCUUCCCUGCCACCUGCGAUCUAACAGACCUCUCCGGUUCAACAACCAUUGACCGGAAUGCCACCAUGCUGCCCUCACGCCUGUCACUCAUGGGAAGGUAAAUAUGCGGGCCGGACGGGACCGCCCUGCGCGUGGGAGUAUAUAAGGCUUCGAAACGAACAUCGACAAGGCAGAUUUCCUAAACGAGAUCAGGCUAUUCGCUGUAGAUGCGAUCAUAAUAUUUUGUGUUGGCAACAGAAGUAACCGUUAAGGUGGCGAGACGAGAGGAAUCCAAACGCGAUCGGUCAAAGUCUGCUUAGAGUCCAGCCGAGGAGGCGACAUAAAAGGCUGCGGCGGUCACAAAGGCGCAGGGGGAUGCGACCAUGACACUUUCUUGUUGAUCGACCAAACUACUAGCAAAUUGCGAAAGCAGAAGAGUCCGCCUUGAUCGUCAACAGAUUGCUUGGGGUCGAAAUGAGGAGAUGACAUCAAAAACUGCGAUAAUCAUAGCUGUGUUUUAGUCCUAACGGUUGCGUUGGUACUAUUUUAGUGAAAUAAAAAACGGUUUUUUAGAAUGUGCCAAGAUGUCGUCAUCCAAAAGCUUAAAUCUGCCUAAUGUUUGGUCAAUUUCGGUCUGCAGACGGACGAACACAGGUUUUGAAGAAGGAGACACGAUCGCUCAUGUCUCCUUCUUCAAGACUACUUCCUGGGACUCGUCUCUUCUCUUCUAUUGAACACAGGUGGUUUAAGCACCACCCAGCCUGCAGCGGCCAUGUAACCUCAGAAUGUUGACUUAAAGGAGACUCUUUAAACUGAUCGUAGUGCUCGCAAGUGGAUGUUUUUUAUAGUAGCUCGUAAAGCAGUCCAUUAGGGGGUCUCACUGAGUCAUCUUAAUUACCCGCUAAGCAAAAAUAUCUUGUUUUGGAUGGAGAGCCAGGAAAAGUAAACGGACAGGAAAAAAUUAACAUAAAUAAAUACUUUUUGCUCAUGUCCCGUGGGGGGACAUGCCAUAGCAAGUAAGAAUAAGUUUUAAUAUGAACAUUAGAAUAGGUAGACAGAAUCUAUACAACGCUUAAUUCAUAGUUAUUGAAUAAGUAGUCCGUUACGAAGAAUUAUGAGCGAGCAGUGAACAAAUGCCAUUAUCGAAUAAACAAAAUGAAUAUGACUGGACUAACAUUAUAGGAGGAAAAGAGCUGUUGUUGGAAAACCUGACGACGGCCUCUGACUCGGUGGUUGGGCGUUGAAAUUAAAGACGCUCAGUGACUAAAAGAACCCGAAUCCGAAUCUCAGGUCCUACAAACCUGGAGUUCAGUAAAACAAGUGACGAUGGCCAAUGAGCCGGAAGUUGCCAUCCCAGUUUCCCUUGUCUUUUUUGACAUUCGUUCCUGUAUUAACUCUAGUCGUCAUGCCAGGGUUCCAGACUGAGCCCCAAGGCCCAACGGAGGGAGCAGUAGAACUAUCCAGACAAAGCCCAGGUGGCUUCAGCAACUAAUCUGACAUUUUUCCUGUCUCCUCCGAAAUGUGUCCACAUUUAUACACAAGUGCGUCACCUACCAAAGCAGAAGCUGCGUUUCAGUUCCUACCGUCCGUUAACUAGGAGAGUUUGACCUUUGCGCACGACAGGGUCCACCGAUUCUGCGUAAGGUAGGCACAGGGGGAGCGAUGUACGCUUAAUUCUUCUUUUAGUGACCCAGACUUUCGGCGCAUGUACGCCAUACCCUCCUACCACAUUCACCAUAGUUUGAUGGUGAAACGGGCGCGGAUGCAGCGGUUGAUAAAUCUUAAAGCACCAUCCACAUUUGACUGCACAGACCGCACGACCCAGUAGGCCGGUUGCUUGAGCUUCUAUCAGAAGUCCAGGUUUCAUUCAACCCCCUCCCCCCUCCUGUUUGUCUUGCUCCCAACGUAAAAAAUUAGGGCAACUACUGAAGAAACUGACUCGUUUUAAUAGUGAGGACAGCAACCUCUGAUAACUAGUCGCCCUGCCACACAGCUUUCGCCCGACAGGUAAUUACAUGAUGAUUUAGGCGAGGGAAUGCGACGCCUGAGGUCUCAGGGAGGUUUAAUCGAUUCCUGGCCGUCAUAAGGCAAAUGUGCAUGGUAUUUUUUGUUUCUGUGAUAUCCCAACACUUGCUCCCACGACAGCCCAUUCAGUCGCCUCUGAAACAUCCAUACUAUAUGGCAGAACAUAUUAUAUUGUCGUCAGUCUUCCUCACUUCUUAUGACUGUUCGGCCAUCGGCUUCCGGAGUAAUUUUCCAGUUCCUCUGACGUAGUUAUCUUACCCACAGCUGCACCAGAUCCCGGAAACGACCCGAAACGUCUCUUAUUGUGGUAAUGGAUCUCCUAGUCCCAGUACCUAGCUUCUGACGCUUGUCUGCUAUCGAUGUGCAUCUCCAGUUUCGCAAGGCGGAUGACGGCGUCUGAGACGUUUUCGACGUAUGGACAAGCCGGCCGAAAGUUGAAGUCCACGCGGUUUAGUCACCCGUCUUGUCUCUUCACGCUGAGCCCUCGUCGAAGGAUUAUGUCAUUGCAACCUUGAAUGUCGGCCCACUGCAAUGCUUCUCAAGCCGUCGGUAAAGCGCCCUUACUCAACUGCAUUGAUAGCUGCGUGGGCGGCUACUACUGAAGCGCGGUAGGAGCAUCUAUGAUGAAUACAGGGGUGCUCAUUUUAGCAGGCGUCCGAUACUGUAGCAACUGCAUCCUCUAAAUAGCGCAUCUCCUGUACGCCUGCUACCUUUAUCUGCUGAUCUCUGUUGAUGACUUCAAGCGUAAAAUCCGAAACGUCAAGUCGAUAAACGGCCCUGUUCCAACAAAAGAGCCUCCUCCUACGCUACACAGGCAGCUUUUGUUCCCGCCUUCAUCGGUGACCAGGAUGCCAAUUUUCUCAUCCUUCUUCAGUUACCUCAGGGCAUAUGAUCCACUUCGCGAAAUGUAACUGGGGUAGGUACCUCGUUGCUGGACGUACUGUUUCAGUUCUCACAAGCAACCGGUCGCCGAAAAUGGUUGCAUCUACCUACGAAAAGGGUCAUGAGUCCACUUUCACAGGCAGCGAGUCUAACCCGAGAGUUGGUUGAGGCCUGAACUUUAACUACUGGACGUUCAUAUCCUGCGUCCGCGUACGACAGUUCGACCGUCGCUGCCGACAAUGCCCACCGUAUGCUUCACAGCCAAGUAAGAGCAGGGACGGUGACUUGUGGGUGAAUUAGUUUAUAGUGAAUGUAGACUUGCACAGCAUCUACCGCACUCGAUCCUCAUCCUCCUCCCCCAGCUGGACACUGUGGCAGGACAGAGUCAAGAAGACCUGAGGCGGGAUAGGGCGCAGGAGGAUGGCACGGUAGAGCCCGCACCUUGUAGCAAAGAACAAAAGGGGCUGAUGUGGCCGAAGCCGCACCUAGGUAUGUCGUCACCCCGGCUCGGAUCCCAAGGAAUGGGAAUUCUAUAAAGGCCACAUUAGGAAAGAGCCAUUGCAGUUCGACUCCGCAUACAAAACACUGUAGACUAGCAUGUAGCCCUGUAACGCUUUCCAUUAAUUUAUGAAAAGUUAUUCUAUAACUGCCGCUCGUCUUGCUGCAGCUGUCGCUCUUCAAAGACUCGCAAAGAUGAUACUUAAACGAUUUCUGCGCCCGAACGCUCCCUCCUUUUACUGUGAUAUUCUACCCCUGGUUAAGUACACUUUCCGUUACCUGAUCAGGUGCCGGAGCGUUGUCCCAAAUAUCCAAUAUCUUUCUCAAAAGCACACAUGACUGGCAUUAAAAGUCGGACCCUUACCACCGGAUCCGAGCAAGUAUUUAUUCAAGAUCCCGCUGCGUAAAAGUCGUUUGCCUCCCCCACCAGCUCAUCCAUACGAGCUAACCUUACCGGGUGCUAUACGAAAGUUCGACCACCAAGCUCGACGAUGUCCACCGUGUGCUCCACAACAAGGUGAGAGUAAGGACGGUGACUUGCGUGUGCAUUAGUUUGAAGUGAUAGUAGACUUUAGCAGUAUUUACCGCACUCUCUCUUCCCCAUUCCCCAUCUGGACCCGGUGUCAAGACAGUGUCAAGAAGACCGGAGGCGGGGUAGGGCGCAGGUGGAUGGCACGGUCGAGCCCGUACCUUGGCGUUCUACUCCACACCCCCUGGUCCUCGCAGCAAAUGACCAGGAUUUUAAAACAGCAAAAGAGGCUGGUGCGGCCGAAGCCGCACCUCGGAGUGCCGUCCCACCUGACUCAGAUCCCACGGAGUAGGAGUGCCAUAAAGGUCACAUUAAGAUGGAGACAGUGUAGCCUGACUCCACAUACAAAACAACCUUAGACUAACUUCCAAACGUGCAACGCUUUCCAUUAACUGGUUAAAAGUUAUUCUAUAACUGCCGCUCGUCUUGCAGCAGCUGUCGCAAAGAUGAUAAUUAAACGAUUGAUCAGAAGAAGAAGCGAUCGCUGGAACAAGGACUUUAUUCGCCUGACGUUUCAGAUUCUCACUUGAACCCAUCAUCAGAGACAGUGGCAGAAAAGGGUGACUCCUGCACAGGAAGUUGUAGUAUUUAUAGGAUGCAGUCGCUAUGUUACCGAAUACCUAUUGCAGUUAACCGCGCUCCCCUUAAUCAAGGAUUGUUGCCCGCUGGCGUGAUGAUUGCCCGGCCACCAGCGGGCAACAAUCCUUGAUUAAGGGGAGCGCGGUUAAUUGCUAUACGUAUGCGGUAGCAGAGCGACUGCAUCCUAUAAAUGCUGCAACUUCCUGUGCAUGAGUCACCCUUUUCUGCCACUGUCUCUGAUGAUGGGUUCAAGUGAGAAUCUGAAACGUCAGGCGAAUAAAGUCCUUGUUCCAGCGAUCGCUUUUUCUUCUUCUGAUCAACUAGUUCCUUGAACUCGCAUCUUCGCUUCUAUCGGCAAUUAAACGAUUCCUGCGCCCGAACACUCCCUCCUUUUAGUGCGACAUUCUACCCCUGGUUAGAUACACUCUCCGUUACCCAAUCAGGUGGCGGAGCGUUGUCCCAAAUAUCCUGCUUUCUGACACCACCCCAAUGCGCCGAAAAGGUUUCAGGCCUAGUUGUCAAAUCUCCUCUCUUUUCAGCUCGUCUUCUUUGCAGUCAUCUGUGGGGGAAAUUGCGACAAUUCCCAAUGGAAAGCGGUCACAGAUGCCUCCUGAUUCUGUUGCCAGCAGAGCGCGCACCUCACAGUUACAAGUGUCUACAAUUCGAACACUUCUGAAGGAAAAGAAAGAUUUGUGCAAGUUACUGAACCCACAUUUUAGAGCCGUAGAGUUUUGAUACUUUUUACUUAGCGUACCUGUCAUUAAAUAAAAUAUGAACCUCCCGUAGCACAAGUGGUUCUGCCCUAAAAUCCAGCGUGGUUAGAGUCAGGGUUAGGAUCAGUGUUAGGGUUAGGACUGCUAAGGGUAAGGUUAGGGCUAGUGAUAGGUUUGAAGUCUGGACAAGGAAACAGGAUUUCCCAAAUUCAGCGUGAGGCCACCUAUAGUACUAAUAAGGCUUUAUACAUAUUCCUGUGCCCGACCAAAUAAAUAAAUAUAUUAGGAUAAUAAUUUCAGAGAUUGUUAAGUGAAAUGUACGGCACAGGACCUUUUAGGAUCAGACCCCUAAUAUCGAUGAACAUUUGAGUCAAAGACAAUCCAAUACUGUGGAAUAACUAAGUAAUGCCCAUUCUACAAAUAAGUAGCACUAGUUGUAGUGCAAUUUUAUGUGAGAACUGGCUAUAGUGAACUCCCGACAUAGGCAUUAGCUACUAGCCCGGACACGUAUUUCGUCGCAACAUGACGCAGCUGCCAGGGAUUCGGCUCCUCAGUCGGACCCCCAGUGUUCUAUAUUCGGUUUCUGGUAUGUGAACUAAUACCUUUGCCCAGAGCUCGGUAUAACCGUCUGUCAUAUCAACCUAUACUACUAGUAGUACUGCUUGCUGGUGGAACAAACAUUACUAGGCUAUUCCACAGGGGCAUCUCAUUAGCCAACGUCAUCGGAAAGAUCUUCGCUCACCUUCGCCUCAAUCGUCUCAACGGCCUCCUCGGGCCAGGACUAAUGCCAAAGAGCCAAAGUAGCUUCCGACGACAGCGCGGGACCACCGACAUAGUAUUCGUCGCUCGCCAAUUACAGGAGAAGUGUCAGGAGGUGCGAACCCACUUUUACGCUACAUUCGUGGACUUAACGAAAGCCUUCGACGCGACCAGUCGCGAGGGACUGGGGAAAACCAUGCAGAUAUUCGGCUGUCCUGAGCGGCGACCCACGUGCAUGGUACGUCAGCUCCACGACGGGAUGAUGGUGUGCGUCAAGGAAACAGGGCCAUCUCCGAGGCAUUCGCAGUGACCAAUGCUAUGAAGCACGGCUGCGUACUCCCUCCCACCCUCUUCAGACUCAUGUUCUCUGCUAUGCCGAUGGAUUUCCACCGUGAUGAGGGGUCUGGUAUACGCAUCGCCUACAGAGCUAACGAGCAUCUUCUCAUCGGCAGGCGCAUACAGGCUUCAACGCGGCCAUCUACGACCACAGUCCGCGACCUGUUCUUAGCCGACGAACGCGCGCUCAACACCAAGAAUGAAGAGGACAUGCAAAGGAGCACGAACCUCUUCAGCGCCGGCUGUGCCAACUUCGACUGA